GUUGCCGUCUUAUCAGCGAGUCAGUCAGUCGAGCACACCCGCCGGGAGAAGGUCGUACCGAGAUAUCUGUGUAUCAUUGUGUGACUGGAAACGAACGUAAAUAAUACUAUUAUUUACACGACACUACAUAUUGGCGACGAGGACAAAAGAUCAUCAUGUCAACAUUAAACUCGUUGGAGCCUUUUCACUGUGAUGGACAAGUUUGCUCGGUAGCUGUCAGAUGGCAAAAGUGGAAACGAGCACUAGAAGUGUAUCUAGAAGCAGCUAACAUCGACAGCCCCGCUAAGAAGAGAGCAAAUUUGCUACACAUCGGUGGGCUAGGGUUACAAGAAAUAUAUUACAACCUACCUGGAGCUCAUAUCUCUGAACAAACCGAAGACGUUGAAAAUCCAGUGAAUGUCUACGAGAUAGUAUAAGAAAGCUAGAUGAAUAUUUCGCACCAAAACAAAGCAAGGUGUACGAAAGACAUGCUUUUCGGCUAAUAAAACAGGAGAUAAAUGAAAAGUUCGAAAAAUUCCCUGUGCGGCUGAGAAAUCAGGCAGAGAAAUGCGUAUUUAGCAACACCGAAGAAAACAUUAUAGACCAAAUCGUUGAAAAAUGCAGCUCAUCUGACCUUCGGAAGAAAAUAUUAACAAUCGGAGACUCCAUCUCAUUAGAAAACAUUGUUGCUGAAGCAAAUGCAUUGGAAGCAGUAUCAAGACAAAUGGAAGAAUUUGCUGAAAAGAAAACAGGCUUUGAAGUGAACCAAAUAAACGAUAAUACUAAAAAAAUUUAGAGCCUCAGAGAUAAAAUCAUGUUUUCGUUGUGGCUCAAAAGGCCACAUUUCUUUUAACUGUCCAGCAAGAGAGAAAAUUUGCAAGAAAUGCGGCUACAAAGAACCGUUAACUAUUCUUGGGUGUUUUGAUGCUGAGAUUAAGCAUUGGUCAAGAAAUCAACAAUCGAUUUUUCCCAGACUCUUUAAAAAUUGGAGUGGCAAGUGCCGCUCCACAAAUUGAAGGAGGAUGGAAUCAGGGAAGCAAAGGAGUUACAAUCUGGGACACAUUUGCUAUGUCACACGCCAAUUUGAUCAUUGACAGGUCAACUCCCGAAGCCGCUUGCAAUUCCUAUAAUAAGUGGAGAGAGGAUUUAGCUAUAAUCAAAGGACUGAAUUCGCAAUUCUAUAGCCUUUCAAUUGCUUGGGCCAGGAUCCUCCCAACCGGGUACUACAAUGGCACGGACAGCAUCAAUGAAAGGGGUGUAACAUAUUACAAAACCAUCCUGAAAGCACUGAUUAAGAAGGGUAUUGAACCAAUGGUAACUCUCUACCACUGGGACCUUCCUGACCAACUGCAAGACGACUUUGGCGGCUGGCUGAGUCCUAAGGCAGCUGACUUAUUCGCCGAGUAUGCUAGACUUUGCUACAAACUUUUUGGAGAUGAAGUCAAAUGGUGGAUCACUAUCAACGAACCAAAACAGGUAUGUGAAGCAGGAUAUGGUGGAGGUGGUUUUGCCCCUGGAAUUGUGAAACCUGGUGUAGGUAACUACAUCUGUGCUAAGAAUGUCUUGUUGGCCCAUGCUAAGGCCUACCGAAUCUAUGACGAAGAAUUUAGAGCAACAAACAAAGGGAAGGUAGCUAUGGUUAUCGACACCCCUUGGUUCGAACCAGGCAGUCAGAGUCCAGACGAUGUUGCUGCAGCCGAGAGAGCUAGACUUUUCAUGUACGGUUUGUACGGUCACCCAAUCUACUACGGCGACUGGCCCGAAAUAGUCAAGGACAGAGUGGCACUGCGCAGUUACGGCGAGGGUCUCGAAGUUUCCCGCCUUCCUGAGUUCACCCCUGAAGAGAAGAAGCUGAUCAAAGGCACCAGUGACUACCUCACCAUCAACUACUAUGCCACCCACAUGGCAAACGCAACCGGGGAAGCCCCGUUUGACAGACGUAGCUUCUACGAUGACAUGAACAUCAUCGAGUAGAUCUACCCUGCGUGGCCCAAAGGUGGACCAGAUUGGUUCUCGAUCUGGCCCAAGGGAUUGAGGAAAGUACUAAACUGGUUGAAAGAAACAUACGGGGAUCACGAAAUUGUCGUCACCGCAAACGGUCUCACGGAAAACACUAAAGCUAUUCGGGAUAAUAUCAGGAUCCACUACAUUAGAUGAGGACAUGCAUCUUUCAACUAUAGCCUAAGUCUUAUCAGCAUACCAAGCAAGCCUAUAGUGAAGCACGAACUAACAUUACAUUACAUACCGACAUAUUAUCAGCUAAACAUUUAGAAGAAUUUAUGUGUUCCCAUAGGAUCACUUAAGUGCAUGUUUGGACGCCAUCUAUGAAGAUAACGUUCGUUUAGUAGGAUACAUGGCAAAAAGUUUCAUAGACGGUUGGGAAUGGACUGCAGGAUAUCGGUCAAGAACAGGAAUGUACCACGUAGAUUUCAAAAGUCCCAACUUGACAAGGACGCCAAAAUCUUCAGCAUCUUACUUCAGGGACAUAUGCAACGAGAGGUGUCUGGUAGGGUAUUGUGUGUAAAUCAAUGUUGUGAAAUAAAUACUUGAGAAUAAAGUGAUAUACAUAUCUUAUGUAAGGGCAUUUAUUACAGACAAGUUCCAAAUACAGC